AUGGCCACUACGACUAUCCUAAAGCCGGCCCGCACGCUGCGUGCACCGCCAGUCAACGCUCCAGGCAACCUCAAGCCCUACCGUCCGUCAAAGCAGCUGCCAGACUGGCUGAUCGAGGAGGCUCGGGGCACGCCCAAGGUCGACUUUGACCCUGCCAUUCAUCUCAAGAUCCAGGACCCUGCUCAAGUCUACACCAUGGAGCAAAUCGGUCUGGCUGGAGAGGGCAUCUCCAACACCGCAGCCUCGGACCCUUUCUCGCUCUUCACCCCGGACGCCAUCCUGCAGUUCCGCCGCGAGCUGUUCUCCGAGGCUGUGCUCGCGAACUCGCAGUACGCUAGUGCGUUCGCCACAAACAUGAUCAGGGGAUAUGGACCCGAACUGGCACCUUUCAUCUUCGCGGCGUGGCACCACCCCACCGUGCUGGCGCACAUCUCCAAGAUUGCCGGCAUCGAGCUCGUCCCCGUCUUGUCCUGGGACGUGGGCCACGUCAACGCGUCCGUCAACGACCCGGGCGCCGCGCGGAGCCGGGACGAGAAGCUAGAGACCGACCCCGACAUGUGCGCCUACGCCUGGCACCGCGACAGCUACCCCUUCGUCUGCGUGACCAUGCUCUCGGACUGCGCCAACAUGCGGGGCGGCGAGACGGUCAUGCGCACCGGCGACGGCGGCACCGUGAAGGUCCGCGGCCCCACCCAGGGGACGGCCGUCAUCAUGCAGGGCCGGUACAUCGAGCACCUCGCGCUCAAGGCCGUGGGCGGCCGCGAGCGGAUCAGCAUGGUCACUUCGUUCCGCCCUAAGGACGCCAUGGCCAAGGACGAGUGCGUCCUGACCAGCAUCCGGCCCAUCAGCGAGCCCAACACGCUGUACAGCCAGUUCACCUCGUAUCGGUUCAAGACCCUCGAGGAGCGCUUCCGCAUCAUGAUGGAGCGGGUGCAGGAGAACAGAGGCAAGUUCGACCUCCAGGGUGUGAAGGAUUUCCUAGAGGAGCAGAAGGAGUACAUCGACGCUACUAUGGGGGAACUCGUGGAGUACUAG